AGGCCGCGAUUUGGCGGGAAAAGUGCGGCCGAGUCCGGGCGGUGCGAGCGAGUUUUUAACCUCCUCCUCGUCCACUACGCGCGGCACCACCAUACCCCCUCGUGAAGGGUGUCGCCCAUCGCCUAUUAAACCCCUCUCUCGCCGCCGGUGUUAGGGAGCGCAGAGGCUGAGCUUCGAGAUGCCGUUCGACGCGCAGAAGUUGGCGGAGGAGCUGGACACGUUCGGGAUCACCGUGGACGACUCGGACCUCCUGGACAAACUUCAGGAGCUGUGCAUUGUGCAUGGGCUGACCGAGGAGAAGAUGGCAGAAGAGUGGAUGGCCUUUUCAUACAACAAGGGCCUGGAGCUGUGCGUGGACACCCUGGAACGCUUCGACCACGAGCACCUUACAAAACGGUCCAACUCGCGCACGCCCACACAGAACAAGGUCUUUCAAGACGCCAACACGCUCAGCGACUUCAUCGCUGCCGAGGACGAAGAGGAUGACCUUAUGGAGUCCUACACGACGCCUGCCAAGGCUUCUCAGAAGAGACGGCUGACGACCCCGGAGAACCCUCACUCGAAACGCAUUCUGUCCCAGAGUUCCCACCUCUCCCCAUCCAGCUUCUCUCCCAGCACCACGCCGUCACAAAAGUACAGCUCCCGCAAAAACCCCGGCGAGGUCGUGGCGACAUUCGGCUCGGAGCCGAGCGGUACGAGCGGGCAAGCGCCCGUGCGCGUCCACGUGUUCUCCCGGCCCGGCGAAGAGCCGCUGAGCCAGACCUACCUACACAUGUUCCAGAAGCUGCACGACAUGCGCGAGGUUUUUAGCCAACAAAUAGAAGACCUGGGGCAGCAGCUGCAGGCGCACUACAACGUGGAGGAGCUUACAUCGGUCACUAACUCAGUGCAGAGCACAGUAACGGUCGUCGGCCGCGUUUGCUGCGACUGCAAUGGGAAACUCAACGCCAAGUCGGUGCUGCUCCAGGGAGACCUGGACAUAUCGGCCGGCCUGGCGACGCCCCUUGACCUCUCCCAGAUCCCCGAAUUCUCACUCUUCCCUGGACAGGUGGCGAUGCUCGACGGACUGAACCCGACCGGGAAGAAGUUUGUGGCGUCAAAGCUGUACGAGGCUGUGCCUCUGCCCUUUUACUGUCCCGAGCCUGAGGAGGAAGAGAAUAUCAGUGAUGGCAGCGUGACGAUGCUGGUGGCGUGCGGACCGUUCAGCACGUCGGACAGCAUCAACUACGAGCCUCUGUGCGACCUCAUCACUGUCAUCAACCGCGAACGCCCGCAAGUCUGCCUGCUGAUGGGACCGUUUGUUGAUGCCAAGCACGAGCAUGUGGAGAAAUGCCAGCUAAAGGAGACCUUUGCAGAGCUCUUUGCGAACACAAUCAGGCUCCUUGUGGAGCGGACACAGAGCUCGGGCUCGCGGCUGGUGAUCGUGCCAUCGCUUAGGGACGUGCAUCAUUGCUGCAUCUACCCUCAGCCUCCGUUCACCCGCCCGGAUUUUCUCAAAGACUUACAGAGGGUGACGUUUGUGUCGGAGCCGUGCACGCUCAAUGUGAACGGCGUCGUGGUCGGCGUCACGUCCACCGACAUCCUCUUCCACAUGAGCUCCGAGGAGAUCAGCCCUCCUGGUGGUGUGGACAGGUUCACACGACUCGUCAAGCACUUGCUGACACAGAGAAGUUAUUACCCGCUCUACCCGCCGGCCGAGGAGAUGAACGUGAACUACGAGACCGCGCAGGUGCACGCGCGCUUUCCCGUCACGCCCGACGUCCUGAUCAUCCCUUCGGAUCUCCGCUACUUCGUCAAGACCGCGUGCGGCUGCGUCUGCAUCAACCCCGGCCGCCUCACCAAGGGUCACGUGGGCGGCACGUUCGCGCGUAUCGCUCUGGGUCGCGUGCCGAGCACCGGGCCAAACAGGGUGUCACCAUGCCUCUCUGCACAGAUUAUUAAAAUAUAAACGCAUCACCCAGGGAACGUUGUCCCACCCACCUAUCACCCCUAAGCCCUGUCCCGUCAAUGAACUUUUUAGAGUGCCGUCCUCGAAAUACCAGGAUCAUUCAGGUGUGGGGUACCCCUGAUAUAUCCAUUUUCUUAACAAAAAAACUACUUCCAUGAACACCGAUUGAGGCUGAUUUUUUUGCCCCUAAUUUUGAGUGCUCAAAAAUGUCAAAUUGUGGUAAAAUACAAAUAGUGUAUGACAUGUUGUCAAGUCACUUGAAAAAAGGUUUAACUUUAUCAAAACUUACUUGCUCCCCGAGGUGUGUGUGUGUGGAGGAGCGGGGGACCGCGUAGUCCAGUCCCAAAAACUGGUACCGCCAGACUCCGUCACGUUUCUGUGCAGCAUGGCGACACAGUCGGCAAAGAUUCAGCAUGGCUCUACACACCGUUCAAAUUGCCAACGUUUUCAAAUUUUUACCUUUUUUUUUACAUGAGGACCCCAAAAAAUCCACGUCAUAUGCAGGUCACAGUGUUUUGAGGAUGCACACUGCACUAGUGUAUUUUAAAAAGCUGUAUUGUUUGACUUGCCCCGUCAUAAAAACAAUGUGGAAUUUCUUCUGCCUUCUCACGGCCUGUCAACAGAUGUACAACUCAGCACACUUGUCUUUGCAGGGACUCAUUUUGGACUGAUAUUUUGUGGUCCAGUGCAGUUUAUACUUUGUGAUUGUGGUGUGAUAUUUUGAAUCGGGGAGUAAACUGAGACGCAGUGACUUCACUUAUUCACGCUGCCUUGGUUGAGCUAUCAAAACAACAGCUGUGUUCAAGGUUGCCGUGUGAAUGCGUUGUCUCUAAUUGGAUUUGUUGAUACUGUAUAUAUGCUUCCACCGCCCCACAGCGAAACGUGAAUAUCGCAAGUAUUCGUGUUCGAAAUAAAAUUAUUUUUUACGCUGA